AUGUGUAUUGGUAUUUUAUAUGCAUGUAUGUCUGAGCAGCUCCAGUUGUAUACAGUGCCUUUAGAGGCCAGAAAGUUAUCAAAUCCUCUGAGACGGGAGCUAUAGGUUGUUGUGAGCCACUAUAUGGAUGUUAUAAAUCAAACUUGGUGCUGGGGAGUGGUGGUGCACAUCUUUAUUUUUUUUUUAUUUAUUUAUUUUUUUGGUUCUUUUUUUCGGAGCUGGGGACCGAACCCAGGGCCUUGCGCUUCCUAGGCAAGUGCUCUACCACUGAGCUAAAUCCCCAGCCCCUGGUGCACAUCUUUAAUUCCAGCACUUGGGAGGCAGAGGCAGGUAAAUCUCUGAGUUCAAUGUCAGCCUGGUCUACAGAGUGAGUUCCAGGAUCUGGGACUACACAGAGAAAUCCUGUUUAGGAAAGGAAAAAAAAAAAAUCAAACUUGGGUCUUUGGAGCAGCAUUCAUGUGUGUGUGUGUGUGUGUGUGUGUGUAUACACGUGCACUCAUGUAUAUCAUGGUGUGCUUGUGGAAAAAUCAGAGGAUAUGGCUCUACCACCUGCAGGCUCAAAUUAUAUGAUUCUAAGAUGGGUAUUAUAACCCUUUAAUCCUAGCAAUUGGGAGGCAGAGAUUGGUGGAUUUCUAUGAGCCCAACCAAGGCUACAUAGCAAGCCAUUGUCUCAAGACAACAACAAACAAACAAACAAAAACAGAUUAUAUUGUUUGAGCCAAAUUUGAAACCUUCUGAGUUAAGUGUCCUGAAAUUCUGCUGAAUGAAAGCGAUGUAUUCUCUCCCCAUUUCAAUUGGCCUCAUGUGGCAAGCUCUGAAGUUCUGCUAUACAGCCUCAGCCCUCUUGAGACAUGAAGUCUGGGGUCUUGGUGGCCUAGACCACCAUUCCCCACUGGUAUCAUGUGAUUUCUCUUAGGGGUCUAUUCAUUCUAGAUAACAAGGGCAUCAAAAGACCAAAGAAAAGAUUCCUUGUAAGGAGUGUAUGGAAGUUACUCAUAGAGUACAGGUGCUCCCAGCACUUGAGGGUGGAAGCAGGAUGAUGAGGAGUUUAAGGUCAUCUUUAGUUAUGCAGUGAAUUUUGAGGCUACCUUGGGCUACAUGAGAUUUUAUCUGCCUCUCAUCCCAACCUCCAACAUUUCUCCACUGGUAAAAGCACUGAGUGAGUGUAGGAGUUGUCUUCUGGUAGUUUCUUUCCUUCUCUCUGGAUCUUUCGGCCAUUACUAGGACCAUACUGUGUAGCCUAGGCUGGCUAGAAUUUACAGUCUGCCUGCCUCUGCCUCCCUCUGCAGGAAUUAAAGGCACACUCCACUUAUCUUCGGUUGCUCCGCUCUCACUUAUUCAUAGUAUCUCUUCAGUGAGGCUUCCCGAAAGUUCCUUGUAGUGGGAGGCUGUAUGUGAAUGUUAGUGGGAACGCACACACAUGCAUUUGGAGACCUGAGGUCCACAGAAUUCUUUCCUUGUUUGCACUUUACUGUUUUUUUGUUUUUGUUUUUGUUUUUUUCCCUUGAAUCUGAGGCUCACCAAUUCAGUUAAGCAGGUAAGACAAAGAACUUCAGAGAUCUACCUGUAACUUCCCUCCCUUAGUGCUGGGGACCUGCUUGCUUUAUAUGUGGGUUCUUGGGAAUCCAAACUCAGGUCCUUCUUGAUCAGGCAGGCUCUUUACCGACUGUUUCACGUCUUCAGUAACAGAAUAACUUUCUCAUCUCCCAGUUUUGAUUUCUUCACAAUGUUUAGCAGUCCCUGAAAUAAUCUUGAUUAUUCAAUUAUUUUGUGCAUACACUAUAGUGCACCUACUACGUACCAGGCACUGUAUGCAUUCGCCGUCGGAUUGGAGGCUCCAUAAAGUAAGGACCAUUAACUGUCCAGGUCACUCGUGUCUACACUGGAUUCGAUAGCACGGGGACCCGCACACAGUAGGUAUACUUCUCUAUUCCGCGCUCUUCCCUGUUAGCCCCUCCCCCUCUCCAGGAAGUGAGGGGGUUCAAGCCGACUGGCCUACCGCGAUGCAUUUUGGGAAAGCAGCAGCACCAGAUCCAAGAUGGCGGCCAGCAGGAGGCUGAUGAAGGAGCUUGAAGAGAUCCGCAAAUGUGGAAUGAAAAACUUCCGUAACAUCCAGGUUGAUGAAGCUAAUUUAUUGACUUGGCAAGGGCUUAUUGUUCCUGACAACCCUCCAUAUGAUAAGGGAGCCUUCAGAAUUGAGAUCAACUUCCCAGCAGAGUAUCCCUUCAAGCCACCCAAGAUCACAUUUAAAACAAAGAUCUACCACCCUAACAUCGACGAGAAGGGGCAGGUCUGUCUGCCCGUAAUUAGUGCGGAAAACUGGAAGCCGGCCACCAAGACUGACCAAGUAAUCCAGUCCCUCAUAGCACUGGUGAACGACCCUCAGCCUGAGCACCCACUCCGGGCUGACCUAGCUGAAGAAUACUCUAAGGACCGUAAAAAAUUCUGUAAGAAUGCUGAAGAGUUUACAAAGAAAUAUGGGGAAAAGCGACCUGUGGACUAAAAUCUGCCACGAGUGAUUCCAGCAAGUUUGAGCAGAGACCCCGAGCAGUGCAUUCAGACACCCCGCAAAGCAGGACUCUGUGGAAAUUGACACGUGCCACCAACUGGCGUCCGCUUGUGGCAGUUACUAACUUUCUACAGUUUUCUUAAUCAAAAGUGGUCUAGGUAACCUGUAAAGAAGGAUUAAAAAAUUCAGAUGUUCUAGUUCUGCUUGCUUUGUUUUAAAAAUCACUGCUUUAGUCUACUUCAAAAGAAUGGCAUUUCUUUUCUUGCCCAGAUUUACUCAAAGUUGCAGUUAGCCCAGGUUUAAAGAUAAAGGUUGUGGUUUCCUCUCCCUUCCCCGCUUCUCCCUUUUCGAUUUCCACUUCCACAGACCAAGGCCCCAGCUCCCCACAGGGGCGGCGGCAGCAUUGGCAACUUUGUCCUGUGCCACACUGCCCGUGGAUAAUGAAUAGCUCAAGUCCCCAUACCAGCUUAUUGACAUCUUUAAAAACUAUAGAACAGUAUCAGUGCCCUGCCCCACGGGACAUCCGUGCAAAGGGAAGCCGUUGGUUUUUGUUUGUUUGUUUGUUUUUUUACAUAAAAUCUUAGCAAAGGGUUUCCACAGUAGUAAUAGACUCAACAGACAGACCCCAUGGUCCACAUCAGUGGUCAGACUGUGCUGGGUCUUUGUGGGGAACCCUGUUAUAUCAGGUUUGUGGUGACCUUGAAGGGAGGUCUGCCAUUGGAGAAUACAGUGCACUUGUGUGAUGAAUUUCUCUCCAGAAAGGCUGACAGUCAGCAGUCCUUCCUACAGCUGUGGUAGAAGACCUGGUCAUCACAUACAAAGCAAAACCAGAAUAUUCUUUUGAAAUUUCAAGCUUCUCUACUACCAAGCUCUGAUAGGAUGUGCUAAGGUGUUCCCACUCCUCAGCACAGCAGGCACCACGGCCUUCCCUCCUUGGGGUUUACUCUUGGUGGGAUCAGCCAGGGUUGGUGGCUUCUGCCUCUUCCUCAGAGCAGCUCCUGGGGCAGCCCAGGAACAGGAUGGCUUUUCCCCCUCCCCUCUGGACCCAAAGCCUUUCCAGUCAAGCUCCACUUGAAGCUCAAUAAUAUCCUUUCAAUGUGUUUUAUAUUGUUUUGAUUGCCUUUUUUUGUAGAAAUAAAAUUUGAGCUUAGAAUUUAUCAUCAAAUGAACUGUCAAGAUUUGAAUGUUAAUGUCUUUUCAAGGGAAGUGGGACUGUCCUUGAAGCAGUAGUGACACCCUGAGGAAGCUGAUGGCCUGUCCGUGCCUAUGCUCACCACCUCACUUCUGCUACUAGGGUUUGAGAUCCUGUGGAGACGAUUGCCUCAAGAAACCUUGCUUUCUGCUUUGACCUUAGUUCUAUAACUUUGGGGCUACCUAGGCUCACAGACUUGGAAAACAGCUCUGAGUUUUGCCUAUAAAGAAGUGAGACAUGUCCUCUCAGGCAGUGUAACUUUAGUUUUCCAAGUGUUUGGCUCCUGUGGUGCAUAAAUGAACUAUGCUUUAGUUCUAGGUAUGCAUGGGGCAGGUUUCUGGAGAUUUCCAUAUGCCCAGGAUGGUCAGAGCCCUGGGCCUGUGUUUCUAUGUCUGUCUCUUCAUUGGCAGAAAAGUGACAAUGGAUUUUAUUUCACUCACAUUCAGAUUUGUAAUAAAAUGCCAAACUCUGUCAGAAUUGUCCAAACCAACCACCAUUUUGUUGAUGUUGCUUUUCUGAAUCUAAAGAUAGUCCAGCUAUCUCAUUGCUUAGCUCUACCUGCCUGUUACCCUCACUGUUCUCUGCUCAUAUGGGAGUACUCUUAUGCCAGCAGCCCCUCUCAGGGACUCUCAGCCCCACUGUUGACAACCAUGGCCUGCCCUGGAAGCAGAGGCCUGGCUUGGAGUCAGUGGUGUCCCUCUGGGCUUGCAUGCCUUGUCCUUUCCAACCCUGCCCUGGAGCAGGCUUUGACCAAGCUGGCAGGGAGACCUGUGGAACAGCCAGCCACCCACCCCUGACCCAAGUUGGCUAAGGAAUUCACACCCCCCUGGUUCCUUGAAGUGCCCUGGUCUCACCCUGCUCUUUCCACAGUGGCAGAGAAGGCUUUCUAAGAUGCUGUGACCCUACUCUGUCCUUAAUAAAGAUGUUCUCAGACACUA